AAAGAGAGAGUGAUAGAAUCUGAAGGAGGAAGAAGAGGGGCCGCAACGUUUGAAGGAGAGAGGAGGGAGAUCUACUCAAAGCUGUUUCAACUGAACGAAAGUCUUUCAAAAUAAUGGAGCCAAGUCUUCUCCUCAGUCUCUGCUUUAUCAUUCUCUCCUUCCAGUUCUCCCAUUCCUUUCACGAUUUGCCCACCGGAAUCCACCCAAGAGAUAAGAACUAUUACGCUUCCAAGGUGAUCAAAUGCAAGGACGGGUCCAGCUCCUUCGCCAUCAGCCGCCUGAACGACAAUUUCUGCGACUGCCCCGACGGCACCGAUGAGCCUGGAACUGGAGCUUGCCCCAUGGGAAGAUUUUAUUGCAGGAACAUUGGCAGCAAGCCGAGAUUUUUGUUUUCUUCCAGAGUGAAUGAUCACAUUUGCGAUUGCUGUGAUGGAAGUGAUGAGAAUGAUGAGACGUUUUCUUGUCCAAAUACUUGCGUUAAGGGUGGGGAUUCCUCUAACCAGACCACGAGCCAAGGCUCGAGAAUUGAUCAACUACAUAAAUUUGGCAGAAAAGCAACUAAACAUGAAAUUGACAAGGAGGACUCAGAACAGAAUUAUACAGCGCUGCAGGUACUGAUGGUCUUGCAGGCAAUACUUCUGCUUAGUGUUGUGGGGAUCACGCUGUUCUGUCGACGCACCAGAUCAAGAAAAAGGCCUUUGUUGUUGUAUAGAAAGCACUGACUUAAAGCUUAACUUCAUUCACAUCGAGUUAUCUGGAAUGAGAACUGAUGAAAGAAAUCUUGCAGCUUUUGGCCUAUGUAUUGCUACAAGGAUGCUAACUAUUUGCUGCUAUUAAGGAAUCAUUUAGAUUCAAGAAUGGUAUGACUGUGAUCUUGUUGUGAAUUAUCAUCAAUUUUGAAGAUUCUCAGAUGUAUAAUCAGCCUGUUUUUUUUUUUUUUUUGUUUUGUUUUGUUUUUUUUUAAUAUGUUUUCCUUAUCUGGCAUUAAUCACUAUGAUUGCCUUGUUUAAAUCCAUUUUUGAUUUACGGGAAGGACUAACAAACUCAUAGUUGAACA